AUGACCUGAACUGAAGGCAGACGCUUAACUAACUGAGCCACCCAGGUGCCCCUGUUAUGUCUGAAUUUAUUGCUCUGUCUGAAUUUAGAGGCUUGGAUCAGGAAAGUUGUUAUCAGAUUGACAAAAUUCGUAUUUGGGUCAUUGCCCAUGAAAUGUGUCAGCACCUAAUGGGUACUAGGCCCUCUGUUUGAUAUUGAGGAUCCAGUUUCUGCCUCAUGAAACUCAUACCUUGAAAAAAACAAAUUUUCAAAGUAUAGACUCAUCAGAUAGAACAGUCAAGUAACCACAAGAAUAAAAGGAAACCAAGAAAUGAGGUGGUCAUCUUUGUAGGGAAGGAGUAUAUAACCUGUCUCCUUAAUCAUGACUAAGCUCAUUCAAGGCCAUGUCCCUCAGAAUAGUUGCUGCUUUGAUGGAGGGCAUAGAAAAGAAACUUGGAAAAAUAAACCAUUUUUGAGUGAGGUAAAAAGCAGGAAAAAAAACCCAUAGUUAAUUCAACUCCAGAGUAUUCCUGUAGUCAAGACAAAUAUCUGUUCAGAAUUAGAACAGGAAUCAGAAAUCCUUAUGACAGAUGAAAUUCAAAUUUUUAGAGAGGUACAAGCAAAUGGCAUAGAUACAGAGGAAAAGCAGCAGUUAACAUGGGGGACAGAUGGGAAUCAGUGAAGAUUUUACAGAGGAGUUGGCACUGAGUGAGGCCUUGCAGGAUUAGUAUUACAGCAGAUAGAGGAGGAGAGGAGCUGGGAGAGCCAUCUAGUCAAGGCUCAGAGGCAUGAAAAUACAUGGGGUAUGGGGAAAUGCAGUGGGAGAUGAAGCUGGAAAGAUAAAUUAUGUUGAAAUGUGGACGGCCCAGUCUAGGAUGACACAUUUGAGGUGCGGGACGCAAAAUUUAAGGAGGCAUUCACUCUUAGGGUCAGACAAGUGCAGGGUCAGCACGGUGGCUGUGGUCAUCAAGUAGAGGAUUGAUUUCAGAAUCUCCCAUAUGAGGGACUUCGGCUUCUGGGAAGAUGGAGUAGAUAUACUUUUUUAUUAUGCUUUCUACCAAGUGCAACUAAAAAUCCUGGACAUUAUAUAGAAAACAAACACAAGACCCUGACAGGUGGAGGGAAGAGAACAGACAAGCUAGGAAAUUUGAAAUCCAAGGAACAUGGUGGUGAACUCCCUGGGUUUUGUUUUGCCUCAUAUUUCCAGACUUGGAGAUGAAGAAGCCGGCAACCAGGAAACACCAACGGGUGCAGACAGAAAAGCUCCCAAGAAAAUCCUGCUGUCUCUAACCAAAGAACCAAGAAAAGGGGAGCCUCACAAGCCAGGGAGCUUGCAUUCUAGUCAAAUAUCCCAGAAAAAACGGAUAAAACCACCCCCAGGCCAGCCUUUUCCCCAGCCAAGACUAAGUGGAGAGCCUAGACUUUCACUCUCACCAGGCUAUAAAGAGUUGUCCCAAAUGGCCCCUUCCUGCCAGAGUAGCAUCAGAGAAGACUGGGUGAUAACACCCCCACCUCCCCAAUCAGUGGAGAUCUUGGGAAGUCUGAGCUUUCACCCUGACCCAGUGGUGAUGAGGCACAAUUCACCUAACUGCUGGGCUGGCAUCAGAGAACGCUUACUGGAAAUUCAGGACUUUCACCAUCAACAGCAGCAACAGGGUCACCUCUACUGUGGUAUCAGUGGAGACCAAAGAAUGAGAUUUUUCUGCAGUCUUCACUACCUUCAAAGGCACCUCUUUGUUUGGCCUUAAAGAGUAAUCCAGCCAUGCUCACUCAGGACAAGGUCGCCGCG